AGAUUAACCGACGACAUGCUCCAACGACUGCCUACGGAGAUACUCUCGUCAAUCUUCCAGGAGUUAGCAAUUGGAUCAGAAUGGAUGCAGUAUAUCUAUGUCGAAGCCCCUGAGGAUGAAGAGUUCCGUCAUUCUUGCUCCGACCUUGUCAGCCUAUGCCGGACAUCACGAAGACUACGCUCUAUAGCAGAGCCUCUGCUUUACCAGACUUACAUCAAACCAAACACAAUCAAGGCCCCUCUCCAAGUGAAAAAUAUCCAUGCCUACCUGCAGACCUUGCUACAGCGCCCUGACCUUGCACGAUACGUUCGAAACGCGUGUAUAAAGGCAUGGUUCCAGCCUGGCACUUUGGAACAUCUGCUUACUGACCAUGACCCCGAGUUCUGGCAAUGGUUCAAUCUAGACAGAUUCCCGAGAGAACCUUUCUUGGACGAUGGUACAUUCGCGGCUUUUCUUGGUACUGAACCUAGCCAUGACAGUCAAGCAUCUCGAAAACUGCUCACUCUGUAUCGGGAGCACUUGGAAAAGCUGUCUAUCACGGAUCAAGAGAGAAGAUCAUGGUAUCGUGCGCUGGAAGAUGGUCAAGAAGAUGCAGAGAUCACGCUAUUACUCUCGCUAACGAACAAUCUCGACGAACUAAAUUUAAUCAUGCCGAAUUGGGAUGUCCCAGCUCGCUGCCGCAUUUUUACUCGAAUCGUCGGGACCAACUCUUUCCUACGAAAUUUGACCUCGAUAUGUGUGCGACCAAACUACACCGGCGAACGUUUUUAUGAACUGGAUGACUACGAUCUCGAGCGUUAUCAAGGAUAUCCAUUCUCUUUUCUGCUUCUGUUUCUUGCUUUACCUUCACUCCGAAGCGCAGACAUCAUACAUGCAUUCGAGCUCAAUACUCUGGAAGAGCUCGCACCCGACGGAUCAUUCUCUUCUAGCCUGAAGAAACUUGAGCUCUUAUACUGCGCUGUGCAUCCCCGCGUCUUGCAGGAUGUGAUGAGUCGUUGCAUCGAACUUGAGAUUCUUGUCUGCGACAUGCCACAAUCGAAUUGGCCAAUCCAUGAGCUCAGCAAGGCUUUGCACCCCCAGCGGACCAGUCUCAAAUCUAUUCAAUUGGACUUGUUCGCUUGGGCUCAUUGGGAGGUUGAAACCGACAACCGAGAUGAAUGGGCGGCAAUUGAUGACCAUUACUCCAAGUCUUAUGGAUUUCUUGUCGAAUACACUGCACUCAGGAGUUUGACCAUCAGAUAUGUUACUUCAUUUUCGCCGGACCCAAUGAUCGAUCAGCUACUUCCCUCCGGCUUGGAGGAGCUCCAUCUGACUGAGUGUACUGCUUCCUUGGUCCCAUCUUUGGAGGCUUUACUUGGUCUGGUUGAGAAUCGCGUAGUGAUGCCGAAUCUGAGCAAGAUCUGUAUAGGCGGAUGGGUGCCAGACCUGAAUAUCCGGCAUAGACGUUGGGAUGUGUAUGAACCACCACCAGGGCGACGGGCUCGGGAGAGAGAACGCGAGGAAAAGAUGAGGCGACUAUGCAAUGGUUACAAUGCUGCAGGUAUCACUUGUUCUCGUGGUGACUGCUGGCACGCACGAGAUCGGAAAGCACGAAUAUGUAUAGCUCAGAGGCACUGGUCCCAAAAGGAAGUCGCAUGUAGUCAGGUUCUGAAGCCGCUGUCUGAUCUUGCCCUUGGCGGACUCCCCACUUCCUCUUCUUCGUACUGCAUUUCAGCCUCAGCGACGGAUCCUCGUGGAAUUGGCCAGAUUCCCCUACAUUCGUACAGGCUUUGUCGACUAACAAUGCGCACUCGAUCACAGUCGAAGUUCGAUUUCGACAAGCUGCCGUCGGAGCUCCGCGUCCACAUCCACAGCUUUCUCAAGGAUGACAGAAGAACCUUGUUCAAUGCGAUUCGUGUUAACAAAAGUUGGUUCCAUCAAUUGAUUGAUUAUCUAUGGUAUGAGCCAGAGCGGGAUGCUCUGCUGUGUCCUGCUAAGCAAGGUGGUCGGCGCCAGUUCUAUGCUAAUAAGAUACGAACGUUCACUCUGGAUUGCGCGAUUGAUGAUUUCGACAAUGACUUACUAUUACACUGGAGAAACGUAUUGUCAACAUGCGAGAUACCGUAUCUUGAGGAUCUGCGAGUUGAGAGAUAUGAAACACCUCCCGACUACAUUUUGUGUUCGCUACUGCGGCCCUCGCUUUUGUCGGUUAGGCUUCCGUUUGAACUCAGCGCGUCCGUGAUCAAAUCUUUGGGCCUUUGUACUCGACUUAGACACUUGGAGGUGAAAGAAGAUGUGUUGGUCCCUAGUCUGGAAUCAUUCAUGAAUCUUGUGGAUAAACUUCCUGGUUUAAGCUCAAUUGAGCUAGGCGGAAACAUUUUCUCUGAUUCAGCGACACUGACCAAUAAGAUUUUCGCA